AAACGACCAGACAAAGAGGGAGCAAACCCAAGCCGAAAGAAAAAAUGCCAAUAAUUUCCAUUACUUCAGCUACCAAAAUCACCUUUCUUCCCAACUCCAUCCCCUCUGUACCUUCAUUUAAAACAAAAUCUAAUGGUGGGUUAGUGGUAGAAUGUUCAUCGAGGCCACAGAAGAAGGCAACGAAGCAUCACAUGAAGACAAGGCCGCGCAAGACGCAGCCAUGGGACAUAAGGAGGAAACCCACCGUUUACGCUCCUUUGCCUCCACUCCCUCCUGAUUGGACCCUGGUUUCGAGCGGUGAUGCUGAUGAUGGUGACGAUGUUGUCGCUGGUGUUAAUGAGGUUGGUCUCACUGGCUCUGCUCUACAGGCACCUGUUUCAAAUCGGAUUUUAUCGCUGAAAAUAAAAAUUCAGCACGCCUUCAUUCUGCACUCUAUUAUCGAAUUUGGAGGUUGGGAUCUUUUGUGCUUUGAAAUGCACCCUCCUCCAGCCCCUAGCAGGAAUUACAUGGUGCUCUAUGCAAGGUUUUAG